GCUCGCCGCCUCCCCCACCUUCGCGGCGCCGGAGGAAGGCGGCCGGGGCUCAAGAUGGCUUUAGCCGGGCUGUGCGCCCUGAUCGCCUGCUGCUGGGCGCCGGCAGCGGUGCUGGCCACGGCCGCCGGCGACGUGGACGCGUCCAAGGAGCUGGAGUGCAAGCUCAAGAGCAUCACGGUGUCGGCGCUGCCCUUCCUGCGCGAGAACGACCUGAGCAUCAUGCACAGCCCCUCGGCCUCCGAGCCCAAGCUCCUCUUCUCGGUGCGCAACGACUUCCCGGGAGAAAUGGUCGUGGUGGACGACCUGGAAAACACGGAGCUGCCCUACUUCGUGCUGGAGAUCUCAGGGAACACAGAAGACAUCCCUCUGGUGCGCUGGAGACAGCAGUGGCUGGAGAAUGGCACUUUGCUUUUUCACAUUCAUCACCAAGAUGGUGCCCCCAGCCUUCCUGGACAAGACCCAACUGAAGAACCCCAGCAUGAGUCAGCAGAAGAGGAACUGAGGAUCCUGCACAUCUCUGUCAUGGGUGGCAUGAUUGCUCUCCUGCUGUCCAUCUUGUGCCUGGUCAUGAUCCUGUACACUCGCCGGCGCUGGUGCAAGCGCCGCCGGGUCCCCCAGCCCCAGAAGAGCGCCAGUGCUGAGGCAGCCAAUGAGAUUCACUACAUUCCCUCUGUGCUAAUCGGUGGGCAUGGACGGGAGAGUUUGCGCAAUGCCCGCGUGCAAGGCCAUAACUCCAGUGGCACCCUGAGCAUCCGGGAGACCCCCAUCCUGGAUGGCUAUGAGUACGACAUCACGGACCUGCGCCACCACCUGCAGAGGGAGUGCAUGAAUGGAGGGGAGGACUUUGCCAGCCAGGUCACUCGCACCCUGGACUCCCUGCAGGGCUGCAACGAGAAGGCGGGGAUGGACCUCACUCCAGGAAGUGACAAUGCCAAGCUGUCAUUGAUGAACAAGUACAAGGAUAACAUCAUUGCCACCAGCCCUGUGGACUCGAACCACCAGCAGGCCACUCUGCUCUCACACACCUCCAGCAGUCAGAGGAAGCGGAUCAACAACAAGGCAAGAGCUGGUUCCGCCUUCCUGAACCCUGAAGGCGAUUCUGGCACAGAGACAGAGAAUGACCCCCAGCUGACCUUCUACACCGACCCCUCGCGGAGCCGGAGGACGCAGCCGAGGUGGGAAGUGGGCUCUCCCCGAAGUCCUGUGAAUAAGACCACUUUGACGCUGAUCAGCAUCACCAGCUGUGUGAUUGGCCUCGUGUGCUCCUCCCACGUCAGCUGCCCCCUCGUUGUCAAAAUCACCCUGCACGUCCCUGAGCACCUGAUCGCUGAUGGGAGCCGCUUCAUCCUGCUCGAGGGGAGCCAGCUGGAUGCCAGUGACUGGCUGAACCCAGCUCAAGUGGUGCUCUUCUCUCAGCAGAACUCCAGUGGGCCCUGGGCCAUGGACCUCUGUGCCCGACGGCUCCUGGACCCCUGUGAACACCAAUGCGACCCCGAAACUGGUAGGCAGGAGCACCGGGCAGCGGGGGAAUGCCUCUGCUACGAAGGGUACAUGAAGGAUCCAGUACACAAGCACCUUUGCAUUCGGAACGAAUGGGGCACAAACCAGGGGCCUUGGCCUUACACGAUAUUUCAGCGGGGCUUUGACCUGGUUUUGGGAGAACAGCCUUCUGAUAAAAUAUUCAGAUUCACCUACACCCUUGGGGAGGGCAUGUGGCUGCCCCUCAGCAAGAGCUUCGUGAUCCCACCAGCCGAACUGGCCAUUAACCCUUCAGCCAAGUGCAAGACGGACAUGACCGUGAUGGAGGACGCCGUGGAGGUCAGAGAGGAGUUGAUGACCUCGUCCUCCUUUGACAGCCUGGAGGUUCUGCUGGACUCCUUCGGGCCGGUGCGCGACUGCAGCAGGGACAACGGGGGCUGCAGCAAGAACUUCCGCUGCAUCUCAGACCGCAAGCUCGACUCCACUGGUUGCGUGUGCCCGUCGGGACUGAGCCCCAUGAAGGACAGCUCUGGCUGCUAUGACCGCCACAUUGGGGUGGACUGCUCAGAUGGCUUCAAUGGCGGCUGCGAGCAGCUGUGCCUCCAGCAGAUGGCACCCUUCCCGGAUGACCCAACCUUGUACAACAUCCUCAUGUUCUGCGGGUGCAUCGAGGAUUACAAGCUUGGUGUGGAUGGUCGUUCUUGCCAACUCAUCACGGAGACCUGCCCAGAGGGAGGAGACUGUGGGGAAAGCAGGGAGGUUCCCAUGAACCAGACCCUCUUUGGAGAGAUGUUCUUUGGUUACAACAACCAUUCCAAGGAAGUGGCUGCAGGACAAGUGUUGAAAGGAACAUUCAGGCAAAACAACUUUGCUCGAGGUUUAGAUCAGCAACUGCCAGAUGGUCUUGUGGUGGCCACUGUCCCCCUGGAGAAUCAGUGCCUGGAGGAAAUCUCGGAGCCCACCCCCGACCCUGAGUUCCUGACUGGGAUGGUGAACUUCAGUGAGGUGUCUGGAUACCCUGUGUUGCAGCACUGGAAGGUCCGGUCUGUGAUGUACCACAUCAAACUCAACCAAGUGGCCGUCUCUCAGGCCCUCAGCAAUGCGCUCCACUCCCUGGACGGGGCUACGUCUCGCGGGGAUUUUGUGGCCUUGUUGGACCAGUUUGGCAACCAUUACAUCCAGGAAGCAAUCUAUGGCUUUGAGGAGUCCUGUUCCAUCUGGUACCCAAACAAGCAGGUCCAGCGGCGACUCUGGCUGGAAUAUGAAGACAUCAGCAAAGGCAACUCCCCAUCUGACGAGUCAGAGGAGCGGGAAAGAGACCCCAAGGUGCUGACAUUCCCAGAAUACAUCGCCAGCCUGUCGGAGUCUGGCACCAAGCGCAUGGCGGCUGGAGUCCGCAUGGAAUGCCAAAGCAAGGGACGAUGCCCCUCAUCCUGCCCCCUGUGUCAUGUGACAUCCAGCCCUGACACUCCUGCUGAGCCAGUUCUGCUGGAGGUGACCAGAGCAGCCCCCAUCUAUGAACUGGUGACCAAUAACCAGACCCAGAGGCUCUUACAGGAGGCCACCAUGAGCUCCCUCUGGUGCUCAGGGACCGGAGAUGUCAUCGAGGACUGGUGUCGAUGUGACUCCACCGCUUUUGGAGCUGAUGGACUCCCCACCUGUGCGCCCCUCCCGCAGCCGGUGCUGAGACUCUCCACGGUCCAUGAGCCCAGCAGCACUCUGGUAGUCCUGGAGUGGGAACACUCAGAGCCUCCAAUCGGGGUGCAGAUUGUAGAUUACCUCAUCCGCCAAGAAAAGGUCACUGACAGGAUGGACCACUCCAAAGUGGAGACAGAAACGGUGCUGAGCUUUGUGGACGACAUCAUCUCUGGAGCAAAGUCGCCUUGUGCCAUGCCCUCUCAGGUGCCAGACAAGCAGCUCACCACCAUCUCUCUGAUCAUCCGAUGUCUGGAACCGGACACCAUCUACAUGUUCACACUGUGGGGAGUCGACAACACCGGACGGCGCUCCAGGCCCAGUGAUGUCAUCGUGAAGACCCCUUGCCCCGUGGUGGAUGAUGUCAAAGCUCAAGAAAUAGCAGACAAGAUCUACAAUCUCUUCAAUGGCUAUACCAGUGGGAAGGAGCAACAGACGGCCUAUAAUACCCUCCUGGAUCUGGGUUCCCCCACCCUACAUCGAGUCCUCUACCAUUAUAACCAGCACUAUGAGAGUUUUGGAGAGUUCACUUGGCGGUGUGAGGAUGAAUUAGGUCCCAGGAAAGCUGGCCUCAUCCUUUCCCAGUUGGGGGAUCUCAGCAGUUGGUGCAAUGGCCUCCUCCAGGAACCCAAGAUAAGCUUGCGACGUGGCUCCCUUAAGUACCUGGGCUGCCGCUACAGCGAGAUCAAGCCCUACGGACUGGACUGGUCAGAGCUCAGCCGAGACCUCAGGAAGACAUGCGAGGAGCAGACCCUGAGCGUCCCUUACAACGACUAUGGGGACAGCAAAGAUAUCUAGCGCCAUGAUGCCAGACGGUGGCUGCCAAAAGGAAGCAGGAAGAGAGGAGAGGAACAUCUGGGUUGGUCUGUGGAUUUUUAAUAUUUUUUAAUGGAACAUUAAAACCUCUAAACCAGGGAGAGACAAUAUCUAAACCAGGGAGAAAUUGACCCUUGCUCCCUGUAGAACUUCUUUGGUAUGACAUUCUCCAUCUGCAUGAUCAGUAGACCUGCCAACCAGCAGCCUCAUGCAGUGCCAUUUCUCUUUAGGGGAUUAUUUGGGGGCUUGUUUGACAGUUGAUUUGUUUCAUUUUUUUUCUCCCCAAGAGGUUCAUCACAAUGCUCAAGAGUUCUCUCAUGCUUCCCAUGAAAGGUCUAUCAGGUUGAGGCAUCCUGUGCUCAACUGAGUCCCUUACAACUGGGGACAGAAAUGAGGUCAGAAAGCCACCAGACUGGCCUCAGGCCCCAGCCUCAAGCAUUCCUCAGGAAGCAUCUCACUCUGGGAGCCUAAGCUCUGCUCACAGAGAAAGAUGACCACGGGAAGAUUGGGAGGGUGACCUCUGUUAGGCCUCAUGGCCCCCCCGAGGCCUUCCUGUUGCUCGAUUCACACCUCACAGAUGAACCGAGCCUCCGAUAUGGGUCCCAGCUGGCCUUUGGGAUUUUUAGGUCCUCACCCAUUUUAAGACAGGAUUGGGAUGAAAUCUCCCUCUGGCAGAUCUCUGCCUCUCCUCUAAACAGUAUGAUAUCUUUAGGAGGCAACAAAACUCUACCUGUCAAAUGCGCCUUCAAAACAGUCUACUGGGAAACUAGGGAGUUAGCAGUCACAUUCUAGAAAAGAAGUAGAGUUGAUUGUUCUAAUAACUCCCGUGCCUCAAGAUGAUGUUCUCCAGACCACCAAUGUACAUGGCAUUCCUGGAUUCUCUUUAGUGCCCGCAUCACUCACCCUGGACAGUGAAGGCUGGGCCGAUGCCUCCUCUGGUCCAGGAGGAGCUGAUAUGAGACCUCCAUGUCAGUGUUUCAGUGAACUAAAGCUAUUACUGAUCACAAAA